AUUCUGGGCCAGUGCGGUGACUGACUGACCUGACGCCAUGUUUUUCCUGUAGCUGCUCCAGAAAAUGGAUGCUCGCUGUUAGCUGGCUAGACCUGUGUAGCUCUAGUACGCUGCGUUUUCAGUCUCCCAUCUCUGAAGGUCCCCUUAAAGGAGACAAUUCCGUAUCUCGGGUUCUUCUUAGGCCACCCCGAACCUGACAACCAUAUAUAAGUGUGAGAGCAAGCUGCCGCUAGAGAAGUGGAGCUAGGUUAGCUGGCUAAUGCUAGCAACCAACAGCACGGCUAACCCAGGCUAAAAGAAUAAUAACAAUUGCCGGGUGUUUAUAAAUAUAAAUGUACCGUCUCCUGCUCAGCUGAAUGACCGAUAUAUACGUGGGAGUAAAGGCUACACCUUAAGGUAUGGCCUGGAUUUGAUGCGGAUGGUGCUGGUGAUGGCAGAAGGGACUGACAUUGGCGAAAUGCCCUCGUUUGACCCAAGUCCUAGUGGUGAUGCAAAAAAGAGAGCUACUUCUUCUGAUGGAAGAGACGAGCCUAUGAGGAAAAUGCCUUUGACAAAAUUUGGUUCCAGACCUCGAUUUGAGCCUGUGCAUUUUGUCAGUGGUGGAAGCAGUGGAGGAACUGGCGCUGAUGAGAAGGAGAAUGAUAAGGAGCGAAGGAGGACUGAGUCGUACGGUGCGAGGCAGUGGGAACCUGAACACUCCUCUUACAGCGGCACCAACAGAGCGCAGGGCUCCUCCUCGCUGAGACCUGCUUUUGACAGACUGCCAUCGUACACUUCUGACUCUUGGGGUUCCCACAGGGACAGAGACAGAGAGAUUUCUUCGGGUGGCACUAGUGGUUUGGGUUAUGGGGGCCAUGGACCAUCUUCAAAUUUCAUGGCGAAAACACAGCAAGACUACUCCGCCAAGUAUGAAGCCCACAGCUCCUCUCGAAAUUUAGACUGCUAUUCUCAGCCCCGCAGGUACAAUGGGUACGGGGGAGGAAGCAGGUCAGGAGGCUGGGAUUCAGGACGUCAGGGUUUGGGGUACAGCCAUCAGGACAGACCAUCGUCGAGCAGGCCAUUCAACAGAGUCUACAACAGCCCGGGCAGGAGCAGUCCUAACCUGCCGCAGUCAUCGCAGCCUCUUCCUGUAUCUCAGUCGACAUUAGACGAGAAGCAAAGACUGAUUGCCAGUGUAGCGUCUGCGUUGUCUGUUGCUUUUAGGGACCCAGUGUAUAUGACAGGAAGUGAAUCACCAAACUAUAAUUUUAUGUUGAGCCGCAGCAUUCAGGCCUGCAAAACCAACCCCGAGUAUGUUUACGUCAACCUGAAGGAUAUUCCACAAGCUGACCUACCGAAAAACCGGAAAGUGCCGACAGAUGGCUAUGCCUGUGAACUCCGAUGUCAGGGUGUGUAUCUCGCUACUGGAUAUUCCGGGAGUAAAAAUGGAGCGAGGGACAGGGCUUCUGAGCAGGCUGUGAAACUUUUCCUGAAACCAGUCGAGGUUCGUGUUGUGCAGCGUAAAUACAGGCACUCGAUAGUUAAUGAUAUAGUCGUGUGCCAGAUGCUCAGCCCAACACCAGCGUUUUUACCUGCACUCCGCAACCCAGAGGAUAAACCUACACCCAGCUCCAAGGGCCAGUAUGAGCCGGACAAGCGUAAGCACUGGACAGAGUUUGUUGUUAUGGACAAUGCUCACGAUGCCAUCUGCAUACUUAACAACUCCGCUGCUUUCAAUCGCAUGAAGAUUGACUAUAAGUUCGACCUGCUUCCCAACAACACUGCCUGGCUGUGCAGUGUUUUUCUACAGGAUGAGCUUGUAGCGCAGGCGACAGGCACUAAAAAGAGCUCGAAGCAUGCAGCAGCAGAAGAGGCAGUGAGGAAGCUUCGCAUGAACCAGGCGCAGCGACAGCAACAACAACAACAGCAACAACAACAGCACCAACAACAGCAGCAGCAGCAACAUCAGUCACAAUAUUCCAGAGGAAAUAGUCAGUCAGAUUGUGGUGGACGCUUUGGGCUGCAGGGCGGCAAAAAGAAGCAUCUGAGCGAGCUGGUUAUCUUGGAAAAUUCAGAUAACGCCAUCUGUAUCAUUAAUGACACGGCUCAGUUUAAUAAAGUGACUGCUGAUUACAAGUUCAUGGUUCUGCCUGAUCAUCGCUGGAAGUGUGAGGUUUACUUAGAAGGACAGUAUGUUGCUGCAGGAAUUGGACCAAAGAAAAUUGUAAAACACAUUGCAGCAGAAGAGGCUUUGGCAACCUUGAGACAGACGCAGGCUGUGGUCAAGUCCAAUCUGAGAAAGGAGGGUCACAGCGACGCUAUAUCCCGCUCUCAGAUCCUGGCUCGCUCUGGUGAGGAGGCCACGAGGCAGGAGAUAAAGGAAGACAACAUUGGAAACCAGCUGCUCCGGAAGAUGGGCUGGAAAGGAGGUGGUCUGGGCCGAGACGGAGACGGCAUCUCAGAACCGAUCAGAGUGAAGGAGCAGUUCUCAAGAGAAGGUUUGGGUAUGGAUGCAGAUAAAACAGGAAAUCAGCUCAGCAAGCGCGACAUUGAGGACAUCAUUCGUAACUACGUCAGUUCAGAACGCCAGGACGACCUUCGCUUCUCCACCGACCUCACCAACGACGAACGCAAGCAGAUCCACCAGAUAUCUCAGAAGUACGGCCUACGAAGCAAGUCGUACGGACAGGGGCGCCAACGGUUCCUCAUUGUCAGCCGCAAAGUGCACAAAGACCAGCUCAUUGGUCAACUUUUACAGGAAGGACAGGUGGGACGAUAUGAACUUGUGAAACCUCAGGCAUCCCACUAAUUUGCAUGCAGAAAAAACUAAAAAAAAAAUACAAUUUAUCAUCAGCUUGGACAAAUCACACUCCUGCAUACCUGCUGUGCUCAUACUUGUGUAAGACAAAUGUGAAGCACACAUUAAUAAAUGAGAAUCUAUCAGGUAUCACUUGUGGUUUCUGCAUUCCUUCGCCAUGAAAUGUACGCUAGCUUUAGCAGGAGCUGUAGGGUGAUUGACUUGUGUCUCCUGCCAUUCCACACGUCUGAGCUUGCGUUCAGUGCUUUGUGGUAGCUUGUCCCGAUGCUCCGGUUAUUUAAAUUAUUUUUGAUUAAAAAAGAAAAAAAAAAAAAAGACUGAGGUCUGUCCAUGUUUUGUGUCUGAAAAAGAAACCCGGCAGAAUAUGCAGCUUUUCGUCACUUGUUUGUGAACAUUGUAAACAGAGUUGACUCAUCAAAGACGAGGACUAGAGCAGCAUUAACAUUAAUCUGUAGCUAGGUGCCCAUACCACCUCUCCAUAGUGAUCUAUCUGUAUUCAGCAAUACCUGCAACGAUAUUUGCAACGUUGACACACCCCAACAUCAUUCUACAGUUACAAGAUGCAUCCAUGGUCAGAAAACCUCCACAUAGGAAACUGUAAGCAGUGAACUUUGUUCCAUGUCCGAUGUUUUGGUUCUUUAGUAUGGUUAACAUGUCUGCUUGUUUUCACAGCUGUAAUGACUGAAUAAAUUCAAACUGAUGACCAUCAA